GAGAAAGGGUCGUACUCUUUGGAAGCUCGCACGCACCAAGUGGGAUUACAUUGUAUCGCAUCGCCCCUAGCGCUUUCUUCCAUCAUGCCGCGCAGCAUCAAGUUCUCCGACGACGGCUCUGUUCCCGCCGACGCUGCGGUCACUGCAACAUCCAGCCUUGGUGGUAGCAGCCGAAGAGGAUCCUAUGCAGUCAAUCUGCCGGCCGCAAACGUCCGAGUUGGCGAUGACGUGGAGGAUGAUGAAGACGAAGACGAUGCUCCUGUAGAAGAGAGCGUGUCGAGCGGGAGGCAGCAAGUGUCUCAGCAGGACUCUAGGCGCAAGCAGGUGGUCAAGGAAGCCAACCUCAAGCGAAAAAGAGCAGAAGAUGCACGCGCUGCUUCCAAACAGGCGAAGCAACUGCAAAAAGCCCAGAAGAAAGAGGCCGCCGUCAAAAACAAGGAACACACCAAGGGGAAAGCCAAAGCUGUAGCUUCAGAAGAAGGAGAGAAGGAAGCCUUUGACAUUGAGGAGGACAAGCUCGAUGCUGAUUUGGAUGGCGACGGGGGCGAUGAAACUGCAGAGGCUCCGUCAUCAUCACGCUUAGACCCCUCACUUUUCGCUGCAGCAUUUGCACGACAAGCGGAGUUAUUCGGCGCGUCCUCCGAUGCACCGAUUUCCAAGCUGGCCAAAUCAGCUUUGAAGCAAGGCUCCUCCUUUUCCGCUUCAGGAUCCCAUUCUGUCAAUACCGCGGCACGAUCGAUGGAUCCCGUCGUGGAAGCUCGGCGCCGAGCGGCCAGGCGCCAGAGGAUCCAGGAUGCUAAAGCGGGCAUCGUACGCGGGCACGAUGGAAAGCCAAUGAAGCGUCUUGCAGACGGACGUACUGUUGUGCGGGCUCUUGGCGCCACUUCUACUCCUCUUGAGUGCGAAACGUUCUCCACAACAGGAAAUAACAUUACUCUAUUCGACCACGACACUACGCCGCAGGACAGAGAGGAUGAGCCGAUGGAAGAAGGCUUGUAUGAUGAGAAUGCCACGUCUGCAUCAUCACUUGACCCGCUGCAAAGCAAGCCAAACGCACGCGCUCGCGCCUUCCUCAAGAGAAAUCUGAAGCGCAAAGGCGGCGUCCUCGAAGAUCAUCCGGCUGCGGCAAGCAGGAUGGGAGGCCUUGGCAAACAUAGAGCGGGGCCACGCAAGACAAUCGACGAUCCACUCGGUCUAGAAGACCCGUUCCUGAUGAAAGGCGGCGCGUACGCCUCACAAGGUGGGCACGCCAAGCUGACGGGUGCGGCGCCGAGAAACGCGGCGGGCAAGUUGCGGAUGCAGACAGCACAGCGAGGGAGGCACGGCGGCGGCCGCGUGGAUGCCAAAAGCGCUGUCCUCAAAGGUUCGGUCAUUGGGAGAUCCGCCUGGGGCGGGUUUGUCAGAGGGGCUUGAUGAGGCACGCAAUGCUGUCGGGAGCCACUUGAUGAGACAACUGAUUAGAGGAGAGUUCGAAAAAUAUAGGCACGCAUUUUUGAAGAUGCCAUCGCUCUCAUUGGACAAUAUUAAAGUACAUAAGCAUUCCCUCCCUUCUCGCCUUCCAAGGCAGCACUGACAUGCCCUAUGAGCCUCUGCUGCACCUGGCGGACACGCUCCAAGUAUCCUGGCUCGCCUCGGUGGGACUAUAGGUAGUCACUAUGUAAAAUGUCCCUUUCCGCCCUGGAUUGGGCUUGCGCAGUGCU